AUCGAGGCAGGAUACACCCUGGAUGGAGUGCCAACCCAUCACAGGGCAUACACACACUCUCAUUCACUCACACACUAUGUGAUAUCCAACAAUUUCAACAAAUGAUCAAUAUCGCAACCUCUCCUGCUUUCCACCACUACACUAUUUAUGCUAUUACCUAUUAGAUACAGAGUAUGCUAACUACACUACAACUUAACUAUAUCAAAAACACCUGGGGAAAAUAAUCCUGUGUGUUUGAACCACAGGAGCCAAACCUGAGACACACACUACUACAACAACUACCACACUUUUAGUUAUUUUAAUUGAAUUAGCCUAGACAUUAGAUAAUGGACCAGCAUCCAGCGUGUAUUCCCGGCUCACACCCAGUGUUUCUGGGAAAAGAUUCUUAUCCACCAUGAUCAUGACUGGAAUUAAUUGGUUACUAAAGAUGAAUAAAAGAAAACUUUUGAAAGAGAUACUAAUAAAACUUUUAGAUGUCUCAUUAAUAUCAGAUUUCUUUGCAUCUUUUAAACAUAUUUGUAUUCCAAAUGUUUUGCAAAAAAAAAAAAAUUAAAAAGCUGAUAUCAGGCAUUCAUUUGCGAAACCCAAUUCACAAUAUCGGUCCUCCAUAAUACCACCAGCUCAGGUCACUGAUUAAGUCUCACACCGGCUGAGCUGAUUAUCUCUUUGUUUUGUCUUGAGCAUUUUUCAUAGAGAAAACUGAACAAAGAAAGACAGCAUCCUACACACUGAGAACAUCAAUCAGUUCUGUGAACCCUACACACCACAUGAGUGAAUCAGUGAAGCCUUUAGCGCUGUAGAAAAGAUCGACUUGAGCGUUGCAACAUUGCCCUCUACAGAGGAAGUGAGAAAAUGUCACGAGAGUUGUGGACAAAAGAACAAAGGAGCCCCAUAGGAAAGAACACAAAGGAACUGAAGGCAGAGAAAAACAUGACCAUAAGCGCAGCAUCUAUUUUUUAUGCAAAGUGCCUAAUUGUAUUGUUGUCAGUAAUAACUAGGCUUUAAUAACAAGUAAUCAGUGGUUGUGCAUACGCUUUUUGUCCCUAUUAUUACUUUCUAUUCAUCACACAUCAAUCACAUAUUAAUUUUUCAUUUCAUUUACUGUUAUUUAAAUAAUUCCAUUAGAGGCCACGACAGACGAAGGCCGCUUCUUUCAAUGUGGUGAUUCGAUAGGUGUGUCUCAGGACUGCAGCGGAAAUCAAGGCAGAUGACUCACACGUACACCUCUGACCACUCGAUUGACCUCUAUCGCAACCUACACCACACCCAUUCUACCUGUGUGCAUCUAUCUAUCUAUCUAUCUAUCUAUCUAUCUAUCUAUCUAUCUAUCUAUCUAUCUAUCUAUCUAUCUAUCUCUCGCUCUCGCUCUCUCUCUCUCUCUCUCUCUCUCUCUCUCUCUCUCCAUUUCGUCUUCCUUCACCUCACUCACCUUCACUCUCAGUGUCAACGCCUCAAGUCUCAUCACUAUUCCCUAGAAGCUGAUUAAGAUGGGAUUCUUCGAAUUUGCCAAAGUUAUGAUGGUUGUGUACAACUUGUUAAUCCUGAUGGCAGGCUCGGGCUUGAUGGCUGCGGGGUUUUGGGUGCAGUUCAAUGGAGAUGUCCUGGGAUCGAGCUUACUGGGGGUUUUCUCUGUGACCACAGUGAACAACAUCAGAAUGAACAUAUUCUUCAUUAUUGUUGGAAUUAUAAUGGCCCUGCUGGGAAUUUUGGGCUGCUGUGGGGCAAAAAAAGAAAGCAAGUGUCUCCUGAUAAUGUUCUUUUCCAUCAUUGCCAUCAUUUUCAUCUCGGAGGUGACGAUUGGGAUUUUCAGCUUGAUUUAUUCUUCAUAUGUUGGGAAUCUUUUAAAAUCAUGGGCCAAACCAGUCCUGCAGAAACAAUAUGGAAGCGAUUUUCAGUUAACCAACCAGUGGAACAUGACCAUGACAAAGCUGAAGUGUUGUGGUUUUAAUAACUACACUGACUUCGUUGGAUCCUAUUAUUCUACGCUCUAUGGUGAGAUUUACCAUUCCAGCUGUUGUGCAAACACAACAAUCAUAUGUACUAUGGAGAACGCACGUAACAGCACGGUACAGGGCUGUUUUAAAAAUCUUGAAAGCUCCCUAGAUGUACUUCUUUACAUUCUGGGGGCAACCGCAGCAGGGGUUGGAGGUAUCGAGAUUGGAGCGAUGAUUGUGUCCUUGUACCUUUUCUGUUACCUGGACAAAGAUGCCAGUUGAGAUUAUCAAGGUUUAAAAAAGAAAAGAAUAGAAAAAAAAAAUGUUUCUCAAAUGUUAUUUGGAUAAUUAAGGCUUCAUCGGUUAGUAAAGGAGUUCUCUUUGGAAUCCUCUCUGACUGAGAAACACUCUGCUGUUUUUUUAAACAGUUGUACAAGUUGUAAAUAGACUUUUACAGUAGUGUCCUGGUGUGAAAAAAAAAACAUCAUCUGUCAAAGUGACUGAAUUCUGGAAAUCAAGGUCUUUGGCCAGUAGUGGGGUUUUUUUUCUGCCUUUAACAUGCUGUAAUGCAUGCUGCAAUAGUAACUUAGAUUUCAGCCUGCUUUUACAUCUUACAUUUAAAAUUUGUAUGUAAAAAUGAUGUUGUGUAAACAAAACAUGGUGGAAAAUCUUGCUAACUAAGCGUGACUUCUACAUAGAAUGGAUGUCACACUUUGAUUCAGUUGGAUAGCUAUGUGUCCUGGAGAAAUGGGCAACAAAACCUAAUGAGUUUGCAUUAAGAUACCAAAAUUGUCACAAGGUCUGUUUUAAUUUUUAGAUUUUAUAAAGAUUUUAAGUGCA